AUUUGUUUUUCUCCUUCUGCAUUCUUUCUUUCUCCUUCCAUUGUGCUUCUGGUUCUUAGUUCAAAGAGAAUAGGAAUGGAUUCUGACUAAGAAAAAUACGGGAGGAUCCAUUCCCAAAGAGAACCGAUAAGCAUAGCAAGCAACAAAGUAGAGAAGAGAAUAUUGAAGAAUGAGCAGCAGCGACGGCAAGAUGGUGUGUGUCACCGGAGCUUCCGGUUACAUCGCUUCAUGGAUCGUCAAGUUUCUUCUUAAUGGCGGUUACACUGUCAGGGCCACUGUUCGUGACACAAAUGAUCCGAGAAAGGUAGAGCACUUAACUAAGCUUGAAGGCGCAAAGGAGAGAUUACAGCUGUUCAAGGCGAAUCUUCUAGAAGAAGGUUCGUUCAACUCUGCUGUUCAAGGCUGUGAUGGUGUCUUUCAUACAGCAUCUCCCUUUUAUCGUGAUGUCAACGAUCCACAGGCUGAGCUUUUGGAUCCGGCAGUUAAAGGAACCCUCAAUGUUCUUCAAGCAUGUGUUAAAUCGCAGUCGGUGAAGCGUGUCGUUUUAACUUCUUCAAUGGCUGCUGUUACAUUUAAUGGAAGGCCUCUGACUCCUGAAGUAGUAGUUGAUGAGACCUGGUUUUCCGAUCCAGAACUCUGUAAGGAGUCGAAGUCAUGGUACUGGUAUGUGCUUUCAAAGACAUUGGCUGAAGAUGCUGCCUGGAAAUUUGCGAAAGAAAACAACAUCCAGUUGGUCACUAUUAACCCAGCUAUGGUGAUUGGACCUCUUCUGCAACCAGUACUUAACACAAGUGCUGGUGGUGUUUUGAAUUUAAUUAAUGGUGCACAAACAUUUCCAAAUGCUACUUUUGGAUGGGUCAAUGUGAAAGAUGUUGCAAAUGCUCAUAUCCAGGCUUAUGAAAUUCUUUCAGCUAGUGGGAGAUAUUGCAUGGUAGAAAGAGUAGAACAUUUCUCAGGGAUUGUGAAACUUUUACGUGAUUUAUACCCAACAUUACCCCUUCCAGAGAAGUCCGCCGAUGAUAAGCCGUAUGUGCCAACAUAUCAAGUUUCGAAAGAAAAGACAGAGAGCUUGGGACUUGAAUUUAUUCCUUUGGAAGUGAGCCUCAAGGAGACUGUGGAAAGUUUGAAAGAAAAGAAAUUCACUAACUUUUAAUUCAUCAUAUAUUAGUAGAGGAGAAAAUGUUUAGUCGUGAACUUAAUUUUUCUUGCUAAUGCUACAGAAUGAA